CUUCCUGCGUCGAGGCAUUGUGGGUAUUUGGGACAGAGGCGUGAUUUAGCGCUUGUGAGAAACUGAGUUAUAGGUUUGAAUUUACUUUUUUUUUCAAAAGAACUAACCCCGUUUUAGGGUUUGAGAAGAUUAUUCUGGUGUUCAGUAUACGAUUUUGGCCGUUGGGCGGGACUCGACGCUCUAUAGUCACGUUGACGUUUCGAAGAGAGCUAAGUUUUAAAAAAGUGGGGCAGCAGGUGGCGCAGUGGUUACACUGUAUUUUAACAGAAGCUUAAAAAAAUAGUAAUUUAACAGCGUUCGUCACUUCGGAGAAGCGCGCCAUGUAAAUGGUGAACUGCAAGUGUAACAUGGCAUGAUCAUGAUCUCUGAUUCGCCAAGUUUUGUGGUCAGUCUGUCCGUCCAGUCCUACAACACACAGGUCAGGAGUUUGACCCUCGACUGAAGGAUGUUUCCAGAGCUGAACAGCAUCCUGAGCAUCAGCCCAGAGAACAUUCCCCAGGGCCAGUUCGUUGUGCUGUCAGACCGCAGUGGCGACGCCUCCUUCCUCAUUCAUCACUUCCUGUCCCUGUACCUGCGAGCUGGCUGCAAGGUGUGUUUCCUGGGUCUGGUGCAGUCCUUUAGCCACUACAGCGCCAUCGCCCAGAGACUCGGCAUCAGUCUCCCCCAGGCACGAGAGCGAGGGCAGUUGGUUUUCUUGGAGGGGCUCAAGGAGUCCCUGGGGGAGCUGCUCCUGGAGGAUGUGGGACCUGGAGAGGGCCCCCUGGACUUCCUCAGGUGUCCCCAGUCGGACCUGCGGUCCCUCUUUGCAUUUGUGCGGCGUUCGGUGAGCAAGGGGGUGGAGUGGGGCCCCCCUGUGCUGCUGGUGGAUGAUGUGAGCGUGCUGCUGAGCCUGGGAGUCACUGUGGGGGCAUUGCAGGACUUCAGCCACUACUGCAAGGCAGCGCUGUGCCGUGAGCUGAAGGGCAACAUGGUGAUGCUGGUUCGUGUUGAGGAGGAUGAGGAGGAGGAGCAAAGCUCUGAGCUGCUGCUCAAGGCUCUUAGCCAUCAGUGCAGUCUGGCUCUCCAUGUGCAGGGUCUGUCCACAGGCUACUGCAAGGACAUCCAUGGCCAGGUGGAGGUGUGCUGGAGGGGGGGUGCAGCCCCUACAGCCGGGUUCCAGCAACAGAAGAAGCUCUUCCAGUACAAAGUCCACGACAAGGGUGCGACCUUCUUUGCCCGCGGCACCUCCAGCGCCAUCCUCUGAGUGCAGCCCGUUGUGUGCGGAAUGUUGAACCCGAGGCCCAUUGGGGGGGGCCGAGGGUGUGAGCGAAGGUGGCAGACUGUCAGCAGCCGGCCAUUCGACUGCAGGGAGGCCAUUCGGACAGGGACUGCGGGUGACUGAUCUUUGCCGAGUUGCACUCUGCUACUGGGAGCACUGAGCACUUCCUGCAUCAAACUCACAUUUUUACAGCACGGUUUGGAAUGACAGCUGUUUUCAGGACCUUGUUUCAUCUUUCUUAUGACAUAAAUUUGAUUUAAUAUAACUUUUAUAUUUGGAAACAAUAAAAAGGCAUGUUGAUGUCCAGUUUAAAAACUGCAGCCUUUGUGUGCCUUGGAUGUAUACCGUUAGGUGAGGAUAGGGGGCGGAGUGACCAAGGAGUUGGCCGUGUUCAGGUUCAUUUUGGAAAAAGUGCUUCAGCCGAAACACUUCAGUGAAUAUACAGGUGUGUUACAGCUGAUAAUAAAAGUUGUUGGCAAGUUGUGCUCUUUUCGGUGUGUGCGUCUCUGGCGAUGCCCCCGAGUACAGGCUCUGAAAGCA